UUUACACAGUCAGUUACCAUAAUCACGAGAAAGUAGGGGUAACCAACGAAAACAUAAAAGAAAAUUAAUACCCUAACAAUAAUAAUAAUAAAAAAUCCGCAUAUUCCAAGUUUCCAACUCUGUCAUUCUCUUAUCACUUAAAAUUUCUAUAGAUACAAGGUCAGAGGUACGCUAGUUUUGCCUAUCCAAACGCUUAAUCCCCUCUUUCGAAACAAUAAACCAUUCCCUCGCUUUUCACUUUCUCUGUAAAAAAAUGUCCGCAUCUUAUAGAAAAUCAAGCGGACAAGUCGUCCGAUCUUCAUCAUCGGCCGGAAAAUUUAAUUCCCGACCACCGUCGCAUCCCCAUUCAUCUUCUGGCUUUGCAUCGUCAACGUCAAGCUUCUCUUCUAACUCCACCACUUUUUUCCACCGCUCUACUUUCUCUGUUCGCGCUUCAUCCGUCCUGUUUUCCUUUGACCGCUGUGUUUCACCGAAUAGUUCAAUUUCUGUUACCGUCUCCGGAACGGGAGAGACAGUCAAACGACUUAAACACAGGCAGAAGCCGACGUGUAUGUGCUCACCGUCGACGCACCCUGGCUCAUUCCGUUGUAGUUUCCAUAAGAGUUUGGGCUCUGGCUCUGCAGUGACGUAUGCGCCGAACCGUCUGAACGUGCGGAGAUCGGCAAUGACGAACUCGCUCGUGAGAAUCCGCGGCGUUGAAGGCGAACUCGUGAGGAGAGCGCUGGCGUCGCUAAUCCGGCCGUCGUCACAUAACCAGCGUCGGCGUUAUGACUUCCGGCCACGACCUAGCAGAUUCAAAGCGGAAAUAAACGCGUGAAAAAUUCUAUUUCAGUUGUUACGCCAGAUACAAUGGCGGUUGACAGGCGGCGAUGAUUCGUAACGGACUCGGUUAUUUUUACUCCGAAUCCGAUUGACUGUGUGUAUAUAAUUCAGAAUCUCAGAUUCACGUGAUAGAGUAGAAUGCGAACAAAUUAUUAAUCUCUAUAUUCACGAAGGACGGCUAUUUUUAAGUUUAUGCACCUAAUUUCACGAAAACAAUUGUAAUUAAACCGAAUACCUCUAUGUAAAUAAACAAUAUAUAGCGAAAGCGAAAUAAAACAAUUCAUUCAUUCAUUCAUCAAGCAA